AUGCAGAUGCAGCGGGUGAAACAGGAGCGCGGCAGCGCGUCGGCGGGAGGGCGACCGGAGGCGCAGCCGCAGCCACCGCCGCACGCGCACUACCGCGGCGUGCGGAAGCGGCCGUGGGGCCGGUACGCGGCGGAGAUCCGGGACCCGUGGAAGAAGACGCGGGUGUGGCUCGGCACCUACGACACCCCCGUCGACGCCGCGCUCGCCUACGACCGCGCCGCGCUCGCGCUGCGCGGGCCCAAGGCCAGGACCAACUUCGGCACCGGCCACGGCCAGCACCCGUACCCCUUCCCGCACCUGCCGCUGCAGCCGGGGGGUCUGCUGCCUCCGCGUCCGCCGACGGCGCCGGGCAUGUUCGGCGGCGGACUCGAUGUCGCGCGCCCGUCGCCCUGGCACUGCGUCUACUUCCCCGCCAGGAGGGUCUCCUCCACCGUGCUCGACUUCCUCGCGCAGCCGCUGCUCCCGGUCAAGAUGGAGGACGCCGCGCCGGCGCUGCCGUCCACGGUGCUCGAGCUGCGCACCGGGCCCACCGUCGGCGUCCCCGCCUUCGACCUCAACGAGCCUCCGUCGCUGCUCUACGGCUCUUGA